AUGAAGUGUCCGACAUAUCUGUUCGCCAAACAGUUCAAGACUAUCGUCAAAAACCGACAAAAUGUCUACUUUUAUGAACUCACGUAUGAGAACCAAGUGGCGGCCAAACUGUUUGGUUGCGACCCACAGACUAUGGGUGUAUGUCAUGGCAUGGAUAUCCCGUACGUGUUUGGGUUACCCUUAAGGUUACCACAAUUAUUCCAACCUGAAGACGUCCUCCUCAGUCGACAAGUUAUGAAAAUGUGGACCGAUUUUGCAAAAUAUGGAAAACCGGAUGAGGUUUGGCCGCAACUGUUGGAUAAUAAUGUGGUAAAAGUCCGGGAUUUAAAUCCAGUGAAUACAACCCGGGAUGAGUUGUAUGCGGAAGUGCUGUCUUUAGAAGUGGAUCUGAUUCCCGAAGAAUUUAUAAUUAAACAUCAAGCAGGCGUCAUCCACAAAAUUUAG